AUGAGCAUAAGAAUCUCUUCAUCCAGAUUCAGCAGCGGUGGCAGUAGCAGUGGCGGCUUCAGCAGCGGCGGCAGCAUGAGGAGGAGCUUCUCCAGCCGCUCCGUCGGCGGUGGUGGCUUGGCCUUGGGAGGUGGUGGCGGUGGCUCCAGCUCCAGCUACAGCUACAGCAUCGGCGGAGGUGGUGCCAGCAUCGGCGGAGGUGGUGCUAGCCUCAGCAGCAGCUUCGGUGCUGGUGUAGGUAACCUGGGGCUCGGAGGAGGUGGCCUGGCUCUCGGCGGAGGUGGUGGUGGCUACGGACUGGCCAUGGGUGGUGGAGGUGGUGCUUUCAUAGCACCAGCCAUCACAGCUGUCACCGUCAACCAGAGUCUGCUCGCCCCCCUGAACCUGGCGAUCGACCCCACCAUCCAGACCGUCCGCACUCAGGAGAAGAACCAGAUCAUGACCCUCAACAACCGCUUCGCCUCCUUCAUCGACAAGGUGCGCUUCCUGGAACAGCAGAACAAGAUGCUGGAGACCAAGUGGAGCCUCCUCCAGGACCAGACCACCGUGCGCUCCAACAUCAACUCCAUGUUUGAGGCCUACAUUGGCAACCUGCGCAGACAGCUCGACGGCAUGGGCAGUGGGCAGAUCCAGCUGCAGGGAGAGCUGAAAAACAUGCAGGUUCUGGUUGAGGACUUCAAAGUGAAAUAUGAGGUUGAAAUCAACAAGCGUGCCACAGUGGAGAAUGAGUUUGUUUUGCUCAAGCAGGAUGUUGAUGCUGCCUACAUGAUCAAGGUGGAGCUGGAGGCCAAGGUUGAUGCCUCUCAGGAUGAAAUCAACUUCCUCAGGCUCGUCUAUGCAGCGGAGCUGCGUGAGCUGCAGGGCCAGAUCAAGGACACCUCUGCUAUUGUGGAGAUGGACAACAGCCGCUCUCUGGACAUGGACUCCAUUGUGGCCGAAGUGCGUGCUCAGUACGAGGACAUCGCCACCCGCAGCCGGGCCGAGACAGAGACAUGGUACCAGGCCAAGUUUGAGGAGAUGCAGACCUCUGCUGGCAGAUACGGUGAUGACCUGCGCACCACCAAGUCCGAGAUCUCUGAGCUCACCCGCAUGAUCAGCCGCCUCCAGAUGGAAAUUGAGUCAGUCAAAGUACAGCGCGCCAGCAUUGAUGCCCAGAUUACAGAGGCUGAGGAACGUGGAGUGCUGGCAGUGAAGGAUGCCCAGCUGCGCAUCAGGGACCUUGAGGCGGCCCUCCAGACUACCAAGCAGGAGAUGGCCCGCCAGGUGCGCGAGUACCAGGAGCUGAUGAGCGUCAAACUGGCCCUCGACAUUGAGAUCGCCACCUACAGGACAUUGCUGGAAGGAGAGGAGUCCAGAAUUGGUGGUGCCUCGGCAACAGUUCACGUGCAGGAAACCUCAGGUGCUGCUGGAGGCGGUGGCCUGGCCCUUGGAGGAGGCGGAGGCGGAGGCGGUGGCCUGGCCCUUGGCGGAGGCGGUGGAUUCGGCUAUGGUGGCGGCGCUGGCAUGAGCAUGUCACUCGGUGGCGGAAUCGGCAUUGGCGGCGGCUCCAGCCUCAGCAUUGGCGGUGGCAGCAGCAGCCUUUCAAUGUCUCGCUCCUCUUUGAUGUCCAGUGGCUUCCGCCGCUUCUAAAUGAGGAACAACACCUCUCCUCUCUUCCCUCCAACCGUUGCCCCGUAUGCUCUUCCCAAUUCCACUCCAGGAAGUUUGAAAGCUGUAAAACUCAGAAAGUGAGUGGGAUAAAACCUCCACCCAACUGGCAUG